AUGGACUGGCACACCCUGGUCCCGAAGCUCGCCUCUCACGUCGUCGCCAGCGCCCACCCCGUCGAGGGCGGAACCGGUUCCUCUGAUAGUUGUUUUUAUGUUAGAGGGACGUCGAAGCUGGGAGGAACGUCCGAUGAGGAUUUAACGUCUGCGCUCGCUCGGUCGCUGCUCGGGCUCAUUCGCGCGUGGUCGGGAGCUGGUUGGGGCUCGUUCGCACAGUCGACGCUCAUCGAGGGCGGCGGCAUCGGCAUCGCGAUCGAGACGGCAACAUCACACAUCAAGGUGGAGACCGUGGCCGACGGCGGCGGGAGUGUUGUGAAGCUGGACUCGACCUACAACUACAAGCUGCUGUCGGGCGUGGAGGUCAAGGAUGAGAUCGCCAAGGCCAAGAAGUCUGUCACCGCCAUCUUCAAGCCUUCGAGGCCGGCGAGGCUCACCUCAUCGCUAUCACACCUGUUUUUUUAA